UCGGACCCGACAUAAAAACCUGUGUUUUCGACAAAAUUCCACAGUAUUCUGGACAUCUGUUGGUGAAUCUUUUGCAAUUUGUUCAAUUUACAAUGGAGACUACAAAAAAGAAAGCUGUAAGUGGAAAGCGGUGUGUUGCUGCGGGAUGUAGCAACACAAAGACAAACACAACUGGUGUUGCAUUGUUUUUAUUCCCAAAAGAUGGCGGCCAAGCUUUACUAUGGAACAAAGAACUCAAGCGAACACGGUUGGAUUGGACCACACACACAAAGUACAGUGUAUUAUGCAGCGAACAUUUCGAACAAUCAUGUUUCGAAGAGGGUCCCUUGCAAAGGGCAGCGAUGGGCAUCGCCACCACCCGUCGACUCGUGCUGAAGAAAGGUGCGAAGCCAACUAUUUUCAACAGACCACGGCCAUGCUUAAGUGCAAGUUCGACAAGUUCAGAGCACCCCACACCCUCCACAAGUGGACAGACUGUGCACAUGAGGUCUGCAUUUGCCAAAAGGGAAAGGAAGAGGACAAUAGAUCAGAUCAAGGCCAGUACGACUACGGCAUCAGUGGCGGAUGCGGUGGAUGAACCAAUGGCAAUGGCACUAGAUUUGCCUGAUAAGGAGGGCGAUCAAGAUCAGGGAAAUACAAGAGAACAAGGAUGCCAGACGGACUGGGUACCGAUUGGGAGAGCACCAACAGCAAUGACCAGUAGCAAGAGCACCCAAACAGGGAAAAUACAUCAUAGAUCAAAGGGACACCAGGUGACCCCAGAGAUCCUCAAGAGGGUUAGAGCUCGCCUGGCCAGGGUUAGUGAAGUCCCAUCGUCAAGUGUAGCAGCUCCAUCUGACAGCCCCGAGAUGCAGACUAACAUAGCAACUCCAGGUGCUCCUGCAUUGUUUGAUGUAGGACCAGCAUCAAGUCCCACUGUGCCUUUUGUUAGUGGUUCUUCCGAUGACAGCUAUGUGUCGAGUGAGUCAUCGACAUCGGAUCUGUGUCAAUCUGACGGGUCGCCAGAUCGCCCACGUACUCACCAGAUGCGUGAAGAGGGCUGCCACAAGGAACCGAAGUACAUCAUCUUUGAGUCGUGCCUCCAGAGUCUCGUCAAGUGGUGUCACUGUCCAGUCUGUGGCAGCCAGGACAUAAGCCCUUCUUGGGAUUCAAACGGUACACAGCUGACCAUGACUCUUCAAUGUGCAUCAUGUGACCAGAGGAGUAGUUGGAGCAGCCAGCCAAACAUUGGCCCUUAUGCCGCGGGCAACAUCCUGCUAUCUGCUGGCAUCCUCUUCGCUGGCGCAUCUUCUGGCAAGGUGUUGCAAGUGCUGAAAAGCAUCGGAGUGGUCACGUAUGUGAAGAGGACAUGUUUCAACCACCAGGAGCUCAUCCUGCAGCCAGCCAUCAAAAAGGUGUGGGAGGAACAGCAACGGACGCACCUCACCAUGCUGCAGGCGGAAGGCCGACCCCUUGUCCUUGGUGGUGAUGGGCGAGCAGACAGUCCGGGACACAGUGCCAAGUUUGGUACCUACACCACAAUGGAGCUUGUGGCCAAUGUGGUUCUCGACCUUCAGGUUGUACAGAGCAACGAAUGUCUUGGCAGCUACCCUAUGGAGAUGGAAGGACUGAAGAGGAUGGUGGAGCUGUUGAUCAGCUGGGACCUGGAUGUCGGGGUGCUGGUGACAGACCGACACAGACAGAUCGCUAAAUGGAUUCGCGAAAACAUGCCCAAUACACGGCACUGCUAUGACAUCUGGCAUGUUGCAAAAUCCAUCGGAAAGAAACUGAAGGCCAUCUACAAGCAUAAGGACUGUGAAGACCUGAAGCCCUGGGUGCAAAGUUUAAUCAACCACCUCUACUGGGCAGCAGUGUCUACACCGCCUGGAGAGGGGGAACUUCUGGUUGCCAAGUGGAAGUCUGUGGAGUGACACAUUCAGAACAUCCACAAGGACCAUGGCGACCUCUUCCCAAUUUGUACUCAUGGACAACUGCAACGGCAAAAGAAAUGGCUCAAACAAAGUUCACGCUCAGCAGUGAAUCUGGAGGAGGUGGUCAACAACAAGUCCCUGCUGAAAGAUAUCGCCAUGCUGUCGGGUGAACACCAGACUUCCAAGGUGGAGGCGUUCCAUAGCCUUAUCAUACAGUUCGCACCGAAAAUGUAUGUCUUCUCAUACAUCGGAAUGCUGUGCAGGAACCUGCUUGCUGGGCUGCACUGGAAUGAAAACUCGAGCCGCCCUAUAGCCACUACACAAGCGGGUGCUGAGCGCUAUGCAGUACGCUACCCGAAGUAUAAAGCAGGGGGCCAUGUGGUCAAGAAAAUCGCGACAGAGCCAACAUACCGCUACGUAGAUGACUUGAUCAGGGAGGUUGUUGCUGGCUGCAGACAGACCCCUGACCAAAGAACACCAGUCAGCGUCACUGUGGAUAUGCCUCCCUUCCUCUGCGAUGAACUGGAGAAGCCAGACAAGGAGGAAGCCAUCGCCAAGCACAAGAGUCGCUUCGGUAAGUGUUAACUGCCCUCCCAGUAACAGUUAGAGAUGCUACCUCAGUAGAAGCAUUUAAGUCCCAUCUUAAAACUCAUUUGUAUACUCUAGCCUUUAAAUAGACCCCCAUUUUUAAACCAGUUGAUCUGCCGUUUCUUUUCUUUUCUCCUCUGCCCCCCACCCCACACCCUCUCCCCCUUGUGGAGGGGUUAUUCCGGUGACCAUGGAUGAAGUGCUGGCUGUCCAGAGUUGGGACCCGGGUUGGACCGCUCGCAUGUGCAUCGGUUGGGGACAUCUCUGCGCUGCUGACCCGUCUCCGCUCGGGAUGGCCUCCUGCUGGCCCCACUAUGGACUGGACUCUUACCUUUAUGUUAGAUCCAUUAAGGACUGGACUUUCACAAUAUUAUGUCAGACCCACUCGACAUACAUUGCUUUCGGUCUCCCCUAGAGGGGGGGGUUACCCACAUAUGCGGUCCUCUCCAAGGUUUCUCAUAGUCAUUCACCGACGUCCCACUGGGGUGAGUUUUUCCUUGCCCGUAUGUGGGCUCUGUACCGAGGAUGUCGUUGUGGCUUGUGCAGCCCUUUGAGACACUUGUGAUUUAGGGCUAUAUAAAUAAACAUUGAUUGAUUGAUUGAUUUCUUUUAUUGAUUAAGUACAGUGGCUAUGUGGAUUGUGUUGCAGUCACUGCAUGUCUUGGAACCCUGUGUAGUCCAUCGAUGGGAAUGUUGUCCUAAUCUUAUGUACUACACAAGCUGGUAGUACCACCCUUAUCUC